AUCCAUUCGGACAACGUUCUCGAUUGCUUCGGAAAUCAAGAAUUAUUCAUCCAAAUUUUUUCAGGGAUUCAAUCCCACGUAACAAAGUCAAAUAAAUUCUCUUCUGCACAUUGAAUCAACACUGUUGAAUUAUACUUCCUCCACCACAUUCAAACUCAAGCACAAGAAGAAAAAAAAAGAUUUUUUCUGCACAAGAUGGGAUUUUUCCUAGGUUACUUUCUGGGUUUUGCGGUUGCCUUCGGAUUGAUCGUGGGAUUCGCGAAAUACCAGAAUCUCAGAUCCAAAAAACGCACCGAUUUGGCAGCAGCAAUAGCGGCAUUGGCUCGAAUAACUGUCCAAGAUUCGAGGAAGCUUCUCCCAGAUAAAUUCUACCCUUCUUGGAUUGUCUUUUCACAGAGGCAGAAGUUAAACUGGCUUAAUCAGCACCUAGACAAAAUAUGGCCUUAUGUUGACCAGGCAGCAUCACAAGUGAUAAGGGAGUCAGUAGAGCCAAUUCUUGAGCAAUAUAGACCAGCAAUUUUGGCUUCUCUCAAGUUUUCUACACUUACUCUUGGAACUGUAGCACCACAAUUCACAGGAGUUGCAAUCCUUGACAGUGAGCCUAAUGAGAUAGUUAUGGAAUUGGACAUGCAGUGGGAUGGGAAUCCAGAUAUCGUGCUCGAGAUCAAGACGAGAGUGGGCGUGGCACUGCCAAUACAGGUGAAGAACAUUGGAUUUACAGGUGUUUUUAGGCUGAUAUUCAAGCCUCUAGUAGAUGAGUUCCCAUGUUUUGGAGCUGUCUGUUUUUCCUUGAGAGAGAAGAGGAAUCUUGAUUUUACAUUGAAAGUGAUUGGUGGAGAUUUGUCUUCAAUCCCAGGAAUAUCUGAUGCCAUUGAGGGUACGAUACGAGAUGCAAUAGAAGAUUCCAUCACUUGGCCUGUCCGGAAAAUUAUACCUAUACUACCUGGAGAUUAUAGCUACCUAGAGGUGAAGCCAGUGGGAAUGUUGGAGGUGAAGCUGAUAGAGGCUAAGGAACUCACAAACAAAGACAUAAUAGGCAAAUCUGAUCCAUUUGCAAAGCUCUGCAUCCGCCCGUUGCCUGAUAGAACCAAACACAGCAAAACAAUUGACAACCAAACGAAUCCAAUCUGGAACGAGCACUUUGAGUUUGAAGUUGAGGACACUUCGACUCAGCACUUGACAAUCAAGAUCUAUGAUGAUGAAGGAGUCCAAGCUGCUGAGCUCAUCGGGUGUGCUCUGGUGCCACUACGCGAUCUGCAGCCUGGUAAGGUGAAGGACGUGUGGCUGAAGCUCGUGAAGGAUCUUGACAUCCAGCGAGAUAACAAGAACCGGGGUCAGGUGCAUUUGGAGCUGCUUUACUGCCCAUUCAGCACGGAGAACGUGUGGAAUCCGUUUGAUCCGGAUUUUAGGCUAACGUCCUUAGAGAAGGCCUUGAAGCAGUUGACAGAAGAUGGUGCAGAUUCAAGUGGGAAAUCUGCUGCACAGAAGAAGAAGGAUAUUAUUGUGAGAGGAGUUCUCUCUGUGACUGUGGUGUCGGCAGAGGGCUUACCAGCAACCGAUCUCAUGGGGAAAUCGGACCCUUUUGUCGUGCUAACCAUGAAGAAAUCCGAGCACAGGAACAAGACAAGGGUGCUAAAUGACACAUUGAAUCCAGUUUGGAAUCAGACAUUUGAUUUUGUGGUUGAGGAUGGAUUGCAUGAGCUGCUCAUGGUUGAUGUUUAUGACCAUGACACUUUUGGGAAGGAGAAAAUGGGGAAGUGCAUAAUGACAUUGACAAGGGCUAUAUUGGAUGGAGAAAUAACAAAUGAUUUUCAUUUAGAUGGGACUGAAUCAGGAAAGGUGAAGCUGCAUAUCAAAUGGACCUCGCAAUCUAUCAUCAAGGAGUAGUAGGAAGUCGAGAGAAGAUGAAAUUAAACAAGGUCUUUUUUUAUGGACGGAUACACGUGGCGUGCAUUGAUGAUGUUUAUAAAACAUAGAUGGAUAGGGAGAGCCUAUUGUUGUACAUUCUCAUAACUAUUUUGUUGAAUUUUCUUUUUCCUUAGUUUUUUGGUUAUGAAAAGACAUUCAAGAAAGAAAAAGAAAAAUUGAAAGCAAAUUUGUGAUGAAUAAUUUAUUGCAUAUGAUUGGUACUAAUCAACCUCCAGCUGACAUGACUUCUAAUCCUUUUUUGUGAAAUUCCACAUCUUUGGGCUCUAAAUUAACAAUAAUGAUGAAUUUAUCACAUUCUUUAUCAUUAAUUUAAUGCACUUCUAACUAACACACUAAUUGCCAAUUGGUAAUGCUCAAAUGAGACUAGAGAGAGACUCCUCCCCACUUGUGAUAUAAAUUUGGUGUGUGUGAGAGAGAGAGAGAGAGAGAGGAGGAUUGAGUUGAAAGCAAGUGCGAGAAGUUUGAGAGGGUUUGACAAGCUGUAAUUCACACGUGAAGGCAAAAAAGUCUCCAUUUUUCAAAACUAAAAUCAGAUUACACUUAUCGUGAUGGGCACCAACCUAACUACCAAAUACUGAGUGAUUCACACGCCCUUUAGGUGUCGGUGGCAUUAUUCCCAGAUUCUGCAGUUUUUUUGGCGAAACAAGAUCCCCAAGUCCAGAAAGUUGAGAUCUUCGUUGUUUAUCUUGGUCAAGAUCAAAUUUUGGAAUCUGGGUUUUUGUUGAAUCUGUGAUGGGGUGGAGAUACAGAGCUGGUUUGCUUUUAAUUGCUACCGUUGUCGUUAUUUGGGUUGCUUCUGCUGAGGUUACACAGGUCUUGUUUCUCUCUCUCUCCCAAUUUCAAGUAUUUAGGAAUAUUUGUUUUUGCAAUUUGACAUAUUGAAGAUAUUAUGUCUUGGAAUCAUAGAUGGGUAAUCACAGAAGAUAUGCAUACAAAGAAGUUUUGACGUUGUUUGUUUUUCUGCCUAUACCAUUUGGCAUUUGUUGAGUUGAAAUGUGUUCAUUUGGAAAAGGUUAUUAGUGAAGAGAAAGAUUGUUACAGACUUGCAAUUAUUAGAUAGUUUAACCUUAAUCUUGAAUGUUGUUAGAUAGUUGCAAUUUUUAGAUAGUUUAUUGACCUCUUAAUCUUGAAUGUUGUUACAUGCUUGCAGUUAUUUAGAUAGUUUAAUCUUGAAUGUGGCUCUUUAAACAGGAUAUUUUUACAGACUAUAAGCAGCCAUUUGCUGUGACUUACCUCGGAGCUUCUUUAAUGGUGAUUUACAUACCUAUAGCAUUCAUCAAAGAUUGGUUAUGUAAUAUCUUGAAGAAACGUGGUAGUCGAAAGGGUCAAGUUUCGAAUGAUGACGUUUGUCCCGGUCUAGGCUCUGCACAGAAAAUCUUUGAAAUCGAAAUUCAAGGACACAUUAACAGGAAAGACAGCGAGGUAGACCUUUCGGAGCAUGAUGAGGGAAAGCCUUUGGUUCCCAGGCAAGUAGAUGAUUCUAGAAGUAUCAAACCCGAGAAAGAAAUCACGGCCAAAGAAAUCGCUACUUACGGAUUUUAUCUCGCCCCUCUUUGGUUUAUCACGGAGGUAAUUACAAUUACUCCCAUCUCACAUCAUAUGCUAGGAGGAAAUUGUGCAUUCUGAUAGCUAGUCGAAUCUGCCCCUGUUUUUCAGUAUUUCUCGAAUGCUGCUCUUGCACGCACGAGUGUUGCAAGUACCACCGUUUUAUCCUCCACCUCGGGACUGUUCACUCUCUUCUUCGGGGCAUUCUUGGGCCAAGAUACCUUAAAUAUUGCAAAGAUAGUUGCUGUGUUUGUCAGCAUUGGCGGUGUUGUCAUGACGACCCUAGGAAAAACUUGGGCUGCUGAUGAGUCGGAGCUGAAUAUGUCUUCGUGAGUUUUCCCCCUCCGUUUUCUUGAAUCUCGAAUUUGAAGUGCUGUUUAAGUUUCAUGUUGUAAUGUAUAUUUCAGGACUGAUGGUUCAAACUUUUUGUUUCUGUUAAAGAAGUAGCAAACGCUCUCUUUCCGGGGAUGUAUUUGGGCUUCUAUCAGCUACGACUUACGGUUUAUUCACUGGUAACGAGCUUUCUCACUCGAUAAUGGAACGAGUUAGGGCCAUAGUUAUGUUAAUUUCUUUGAUGAUAUGAUGCUGCAGUGCUGCUCAAGAAGUUUUCUGGUGAGGAAGGAGAGAGGGUCGACGUGCAGAAGCUGUUCGGUUAUAUUGGCCUAUUCACACUCGUGGCUCUUUGGUGGCUUGGUACGUUGUAGCUUUAGGUAUACGUCGGUACUAUCCUCAUGUGUUUUUACGUGCUGAAUUCGUGUUCGUUGCAGUGUGGCCAUUGACAGCUUUAGGUAUAGAACCCAAAUUCACCAUUCCUCAUUCUGCUAAGAUGGAUGAAGUUGUGAUUGCUAAUGGGCUCGUUGGGAGCGUUCUUUCGGACUAUUUCUGGUACGAGCUCUCAACUUUGAAACGAAACACCAACCGCGUAUAAUCUUAUGACUUGCUGUGGCUCGUCUCUAGGGCGUUAUGUGUCGUCUGGACAACACCGCUGGUGGCCACCUUGGGCAUGUCUCUCACCAUCCCGCUCGCCAUGGUGGCCGACAUGAUGAUCCACGGGCGGCAUUACUCCGCCAUCUACAUUCUUGGCUCGAUUCAGGUAAACGAGCACACAAAAAACUCGUGUCAGACUGUCUGAUGGGUCGAGAUCCGUCCAACCUGAUCUCGUGCAUUGCAGGUGUUUGCAGGAUUCGUGAUAGCCAAUCUUUCCGAUAGACUCUCGAAGCUGCUGGGGUUGUAGCGUUUGCACGAGUACGAGAAUCGGAGAUGAAACCGGAGUGAAUCGACUAACGAGGAAUCGAUGUUCCGGCGUCUGUAUAUUUGUCACCACCAACGUUGAUCAUGAAAUGUUGUUUCAUGUCUUUAACUUCAUUCUUGAUUUAUUUGCCAUUGAUUUUGGAGAAUUUUGGAUACACACAUUCAUUAUAUGUAGCCAUUGUGUUGAUAACUGACUUUGGCCUCAAAAGUUUUGCAAUUUAAUACUAUUACUUUUUUGUUCUUA